AUGGUCUUCUUUGACCUGCGAGCCUUUGCUCGCCAACUUCGUGCUCUCAUUUACAAGAAUCUUCUCGUUUCAGUUGUUAGACACCCCAUCGGGUUCCUCCUCUCCGUCUACGGAAUCCCUCUCGCUAUUCUCGCCGUUCUCUGCUCCAUCCCUUCGUUUCUCUCGUCCUCGAAUGUAUUCGGUGUCGCCUCUCCUGCCCCUGUCAAGACACUCCCUGAAACUAUCCACGGCAAACUCGUCGUCGUGAAGCCGCCGCGGCUCGGCCCAGACGUGGACCAUGUUGUCAACACCUUCACCAAGGGCAUCGACAAGGAGAAGCUGCUGUUCCUCGACGACGAGUCCUACCUGACCACCGUGUGCCUCGCCAACCUGCGCGGAGUGAGCGACUGCCACGCUGCCGUCACCUUUAUCGACUCGCCCCUGACCAACAUCACCGUCAAGGAUAGCCAGAGCGACCACCAUACCUGGCAGUAUGUGAUUCGCGCGGACCCGGCUCGAGACGAUACACACUUCAACGCCAAGGGGCACAAGAGCGAUCAGGAGAACCUCUACCUUCCGCUUCAGCUCGCCAUCAACAAUGCCAUCACCAACUCGACAGCCGUCCCAGAGGUGUUCAUGUUCACGGCCGAGACACAGGAAGAACAGGACCUUCUACACCGGAAGAGUUCGGUCCAGCUCAUCGGCCAGGUCUACGUCUUUGCCCUUUUUGCCUGCUACUUCUUCAUCAUAUACCGCUUCACUGGUCUCAUCACUGCGGAGCGAGAGUCUGGCAUGUCGCAGUUGGUUGAUGCUAUGGGUGGAGGCAGCGCAGUUGCUGCUCGCGUACUCAGCUGGCUGGUCGUCUUUGACUUGCUGUGUCUUCCAUGUUUCAUCGCCUUUGGUGCUCUGUAUGGACACCUUAUGUUCCCGACCUCAAGCUUCGGUAUGAUCAUUGGCUGGCAGAUUCUUCUUGGUUUGGCCGUGAACAGUUCUACCGUCUUUGCUGCAGCCUUCUUCACCAAGUCCCGAGUCUCGGCCAUCUAUGUCAUGGGAGCCUUUCUACUCCUCUCAGUCGCAGCUCAGAUAUACAGCUUUCAGCUCCACCCCAAGCCCCAGUUCAUUGGGGCUCUCCUCCUGUCAUUGUUCUUCCCCAGUUCGAACCAUGUCUUCUUUACGCAGCAGAUGUGCCUCUGGGAACUCAACAGUACAAGUGCCGUACUUGAUAAGAUCCCCCCUGAGGACGCUGGAAUCAACUCUGAGUCCUACAACGUCACACAACAGAUGAUGCUUGGCUUCCUCGCUAUACAUAUCAUAGUAUACCCCAUCGGAGCUAUACUGGUUGAGCAUUUCAUGCAUGGCAUCGACUUCCGCAAGAGGACAUUUGCUAGGAACGCCGCAGCCGUGGAGGGGGUUGUCGCUGCCACCUUUGACCUCAAGAAGCGGUUCGUCCCCAACUUGCUGGAGCGAAUGUUUUGCUGUGGAAAGCGACGUCCUGUUACUGCUGUUGAUGGAGUCAGUAUUCAGGGGCAUCGGGGCCAGAUUCUAUGUCUUGUUGGGCCGAAUGGAUCUGGAAAGACGACUACUUUGCAUAUGAUGUCUGGAUUCACAACACCGACAGAGGGGUCUGUUCGACUUGAUGCCCUCCCUUCACAGAUUGGUCUCUGCCCCCAGCGGAACACUCUCUGGGAGGAGCUCACUGUCGCGGAACAUGUGCGACUAUGGAACCAGAUCAAGGCAGGACGCGAGUCAUCGACGGAGCUCGACGAGCUCAUCAAGGCCUGUGAUUUGGGUCUCAAGCGUAACAGCUUGGCUGGAACCCUCAGUGGAGGCCAGAAGCGCAAACUCCAGCUUGCCUGCAUGUUUGUUGGUGACUCUUCUGUGUGCCUUAUUGACGAGUGUACAUCUGGCUUGGAUCCUCUAUCGCGCCGAGUCAUCUGGGAGAUUCUACUUCAGCAACGGUCUAAGCGGAGCAUCAUCUUUACCACGCAUUUCCUCGACGAGGUGGAUGUCCUUGCUGACCACAUUGUCAUCCUGUCCAAGGGCAAAGUGAGAUGUCAGGGAGCUGCCGCAGAGCUGAAGAAUCUUCAUGGGGGUGGAUAUAGGGUUCUCGCGCCUGCUUCUGCCCUUAGACUCGACCUCCAGUAUCCCACGACAAUGCACCAAGACCACAUCAUCUACACAACCCCUGAUUCUCGUUCUGCUGCCGAGCUCUGCUCGUUUCUGGACUCUAGGGGAGUCACGGAUGUCUCCAUCUCUGGUCCUCAGGUCGAGGAUGUCUUCCUUCGCGUGGCAGACGAGCCAGAGCUUGAACUCACCAAGAGCCGCGUCGCAGCGUCCGAAUCCGGGUUUGAGAUGACCCCUGGAGAGGUCACCAGCUUCUGGGCUCAGGUCAGGAUCUUGUUCCGGAAACGAUUCACUGUUCUCAGGAGGUUCUGGUGGCCGUAUCUCUAUGUCUUGGCUCUUCCUCUCAUCAUCACGCCUCAGUUCAAGAAUCUCCUCAUAGAGUACAAGCAGCCCUCUUGCGCCACGAUCAAGCCGGAGCUCAACCCCCCUCAAGCGCCUACCCUUUCUUGGACACAGAACUGCGUCGACUAUGGCUGUGACACUCUCGCCUUGGCUCCUCCCUCUGCGAACAAGACAUUGUACAAUAUUGUCAAGGAGGGGUUUUAUGAGGUUGAGGAGGUGAACCCUGAUCUCUACGAAGGAUUCCCAGUUCUCCUCAAGGACCGAAAAGCGUUCACCGACUACAUCGCUGAGCAUAGAUAUGCCGGGCCAGGUGGCUUGUAUAUGGGAUCUGGAGAUGAAUCUCCCGUGAUUGCUUACCGGCUGAAUACCUUUGGAAAUCCCAGUGCCCCGAUGUUGAUGAACCUAUGGAGUCAGAUGACAUCCAACGUAGAGAUCAUCGCUUCUCAACAAGGCUUUGCUGAGACUCGCCGUUCUGCCAACAAUAUUGGUGUUGUCUAUGUCAUCUUCUUCACCUUGCUACAGACCAUCUAUCCUGCCGCCUUUGUUCUAUACCCAGCCAUCGAAAAGGCUCGCAAGGUUCGAGCUCUGGAAUACGCCAAUGGAGUCCGACGAGGUCCCCUCUGGGUGGCAUACGGCAUGUUUGACUUUAUCUUUGUCCUGGCGAUAUCCGCGGGUGUCACAGCUACCAUAAGCACCCAGUUGGCCUGGAACGGGCCAAUCUGGAUAAUGCUGCCCAUCCUGGCGCUGUAUGGUCUGGCAGCAAUUCUCCUGGGUUAUGUCAUUUCUCAUUUCGUCUCUGGACCGCUCAAGUCCUUUCUGGCCAUGGCUGGAGUGAGUGUGCUGAUGUAUGGCAUUGCCGCUAUUUCCUUUGCUGUUGGUUCUGGAUACUCUGAUGCGGCUCAGAUGGAUAAACUGACGCUUGGUAUCGCAUUUGGCGUGUAUCUCAUCUUGCCCAUUGGCAACGUCUUCAGGGCGAUGCUCAUUGGCCUCAACGUUCUCGAGGUAGGCUGCAAAGACGGUGAACCUACGCCUCCAGCAUCGAUCUACGGCUACGGCGGCCCAAUUCUCUAUCUCGUCCUUCAGAUCAUUAUCCUGCUCCUCGUCAUUAUUUGGAUCGAAGGUGGCAUUGCUCUGUUCCGUCGAAAAGGGGGUCGAUCCACCUCACCCUUUGACUCAGAGAAAGACGCUCGUUCUGCGGUCAGCGAUGAAGUCAAGGCCGAGGCGCUCCGAGUGCAAGAUUCAGAUUCGGAUCUUCUUCGAGCUCUUCACUUAAGCAAGACCUUUGGUUCCAACAAAGCCGUCGAUGAUGUGAGCUUUGGCUUGCCUCAGAGCGAUGUCAUGGCAUUGAUUGGUCCUAAUGGCGCUGGCAAGUCGACUCUUGUCAAUCUGAUUCAGUCUGAGCUUUCUGCGGAUGCUGGAAAGGUCCUGCUUCGUGGGGAAGACGCGAGAACUCGCUCUGCGCAGAAGUAUCUUGGAGUGUGCCCGCAGUACGAUGCUCUCGAUCUCAUGAGCACUCAAGACCAUCUCUCCUUUUACGCCCGUAUCAAGGGCAUCAGGGAUGUCAGGGGCAACGUCAACCACGUCAUGAAGCGACUCAACCUGACCCCCCAUGCCCACACGCUUGCCUCUAAGCUCUCGGGAGGAAACAAGAGAAAGCUCAGCCUUGCUAUCGCGCUGAUGGGCAAGCCUCCCGUUCUGGUCCUGGAUGAGCCCACGUCUGCAAUGGAUGCCGUUGCCAAGCGAGCCUUCUGGAAGAUUAUCCAAGAGAUUACUCCUAACCGAUCCUUGCUCCUCACUACGCACAGCAUGGAAGAAGCUGAUACCCUGGCCACCCGCACCGCCAUCAUCUCUAGGCGCCUCCUCGCCGUCGGUACCACCCAGGCUCUGAGGAAGCGCUACAGCAACGUCUACUACGUGAGUCUGCUCCUGAAGACGGCGCCAACCUCCACCGUAGAAGAGAUGGAGCGAGUACGGAGCUGGGUCCUGGCCGCGCUGCCUGGCGCCCAGCUGGAACGAGACAUGCUCGGCGGUCAAGUUCGCUUCACUAUCCCCGGCGCAAGUCCCGUUGCCCGGGUUAUCGAGUUACUGGAGCGUUCCAAGGACGAGGUCGGUGUUGAGUAUUAUUCUAUAGGUGGAGCCACACUCGAGCGUGUGUUUCUGAGUGUUGUGAGGGAGAAUAAUGUCCAGGAAGAGGACGGUGUUGAAAAGGGCCGUUUCUGGAGAUUGCUGGGACUGAAAUAG